AGUAACAAUGUCUGGUCGAGGAAAGGGAGGUAAGGGGCUUGGGAAGGGUGGCGCUAAGCGUCAUCGUAAAGUCCUUCGCGACAACAUCCAGGGUAUUACCAAACCAGCUAUUCGUCGUCUUGCCCGCCGAGGCGGUGUCAAGCGUAUUUCUGGUUUGAUCUAUGAAGAAACCCGUGGUGUGCUGAAGGUGUUCCUGGAGAACGUCAUUCGUGACGCCGUUACCUACACCGAGCACGCCAAGAGGAAGACAGUCACCGCCAUGGAUGUUGUGUACGCUCUCAAGCGCCAGGGCCGCACUCUGUACGGCUUCGGCGGCUAAGCGUGAAAGAUACAGCAACGAAAUCUAAAGACCCAAAGGCUCUUUUCAGAGCCACACACUCUGUCCUAAAAGGCAAAUCAAGUAUUACGUGCUAUGAUCACUGGGUGUUUCGCUUCAGGGCGAACUUUGCACAAUGGUGUGGGAAUCGACUAGCGAUUUUACACUAAGUGGAUUUCUGUCCCCACCCUCGAAUAAACCGCUUGAAUCUGUAGCUAUUUAUUAAUUGCAAUGUAGCUAUCGUAUUGAAUAUAACACAUGAAACGCAGGAGAAGGCGAGCUCGGGAACUUUAUUUUGAAGACUUUCCAUUAAAGUCGUGUUCUGCCGGCUCAGGUCACAAUUUCUGUGCAGGUUAUGGUUCUAUUAGGCUGAUUAACAUCCAUGGAAGUGUGGCCGUGAAUCGUUCGAACAGCUACACUGACAGAACAAUAUAGUGUCGUAGACUGUGCUGAAAUGCUUCAACUAAACAGCGUAUGCUUCGGUUUUUUGGUAAAUGAGACGUGGUCGUUGUGUACCUGCAGAGAAGUUGAUUUGCGUUGAUUUCGGCAGAAAUCUUGGAGGAACCGAAAUAUGUUUAAUGAGGCCAA